AUGAUUCAAAUGGACGGUGGAGAUAGGUUGAGAGUGACGUUACUAGACCGAAUGUCGACGGUGGAGAAUGGCCGGAGUUCGGUGACUCUUGAAGAUGUUUUAAUGGCCGACACGAGCGCUUCUCGUCCACAACCUUCACCACCGCCGCCGUCGCAUAUUACCCCGCCGUCUCCGGCAAGAAACCGUAGUCUUCUAGACGUUAUGAGAAGGGAUCGCCGCCGGGAUAAAACCGCAUGGAAAUUUCUCCGGGAUAAGCUCCGCCUCAAACGCACCUCCACAACCACCACUGCUUGGAUCUCGUCCAAUCUUAUCCCUUACUUGGAUACGCCUAUCUCUACUCCGGAUGAUAACGACAGCCACCGCCGCAUUAACCGCCUCGGAUUCCUUCUCUCCAACUCGGAGACAAACGGGAACAGAGAGGCGGAGCGAGAAGGCAGGCUCCUACUAAGCACCGUGUUGGCUGAGGAUAGAGAGCCGCCGAGGAUGUCGCUAAUGGAGUUAUUAGAGGAUAAUGAUGGGCCAAUGACAAUGUAUGACGUCAGCAAGAGAGGAGAGGCUGAGGAAGUGACGACGGCGAUGGUGGCGUCGGCGGAAUCGGGUGGUUGUUGUUGCGUGUGUAUGAUAAGAAGUAAAGGUGCGGCUUUUAUACCAUGUGGACAUACGUUUUGCAGGAAGAGGAGGAGGAGACUUGUAAUCGAGAUCUACCACGGACCUCUCGUGUCGUCGCGGCGGAGAAUAAGAACUUCGACGAGAAAGAAGCAGAGAAGCUUCAUAAACCCUAUAGAUCGACUUUUUCCAUUCUCCAUUUUCAGAGACGUGAAGAAACGAAGCACGCUUCGAAAGAUGAACAUUUUCAGAUUAGCAGGUGAUAUGACUCACCUCGCAAGUGUUCUCGUCUUGCUUCUCAAGAUCCACACCAUCAAAUCCUGCGCCGGUGUAUCACUGAAGACUCAAGAACUCUACGCCAUCGUCUUCGCGACGAGAUAUUUGGAUAUCCUCACGAGCUUCGUGUCUAUCUACAACACUCUCAUGAAGCUGAUAUUCUUAGGAAGCUCCUUCUCGAUAGUUUGGUACAUGAAGUACCACAAGACUGUCCGCAGGACUUACGAUAGGGAUCAAGAUACGUUCCGUCACUGGUUCCUCAUGCUUCCCUGCCUGCUCUUGGCUCUUCUGAUUCACGAAAAGUUCACCUUUUUCGAGGUUUUAUGGACUUUUUCACUGUAUUUGGAAGCUGUUGCAAUACUUCCUCAGCUUGUUCUGCUGCAGAGGACUAGAAAUAUCGAUAACUUGACAGGACAAUACAUAUUUCUCCUCGGGGGAUACCGAGGAUUCUACAUCCUCAAUUGGAUCUACCGUUACUUCACUGAACCACACUAUGUUCACUGGAUAACAUGGAUCGCUGGGCUCGUUCAAACAUUGCUCUACGCCGAUUUCUUCUACUAUUACUUCCUAAGCUGGAAAAACAAUAAAAAGCUGCAGCUACCAGCUUAG